AUGAGUCCUUCAUGUUUUCAAAAUUGUGUAAAAUUAGAAUAUGUUGACCUUGGAAGAACUACAAGAAUAAAUUCUGGAGCUUUCAAAAAUUGUUAUGAGCUAAAAACAAUUACAUGCGAGGUAACUGUUGAUAUCUCCAGCUAUGCAUUUAUGUCGUGUGUUUCAUUAGUAAACAUAUCAAUGAAAAUUAGAUCCAUUGGAGGAUCUACUUUUAGAUUCUGCACAAAACUUAUGAAUAUAGACAUUUCUCAUUGUAAUUCAAUUGAUGAAUAUGCAUUUAGUGGAUGUGAAUCAUUAAAUAUGACCUCAACAAUUUUUGGUGAUUCUUACUCCUUUUCUGCUUGCAAUUUAAUCAAAUCUGUUGUAAUUAAAGGCAAUAUUUACAGUGGAUUUAUGUAUAAAUGUCAUAAUCUUGAAGCAGUAACAAUAAAUGAUGCCAAUUCAAUAGGAGAAAAUGCUUUUGCUCAAUGUGAAAAAUUGAAAUCAAUCACAUUUUUAUCAAAUAUAAAAUCUAUAGGUUCCAAUGCAUUUGCAUACACUGAUUUGUCUGAUGUUGUAUUAAACCUUUCAUCUCUUCAAAGUAUUGGUGAUCAUGCUUUUUAUAAAUCAAAAGUAAAAAUUAUCAAACUUGAUAAAAAUUUUUCCAAUCCGAAUUCUGAUUCAUCACAAUUUCCAUUUCAAGAUGUAACAUCAAUUGAUACUGUUUAUAUUUGUGCUUCAUUUGGAUCGAUUUCUAACUUAGGAUUUUAUGAUUCUCCUAGCAUUAAAUUUAUAAUUGAUGAAUCAAAUCCUUACCUAAAAUUAGAAGAUGAUGUUUUUAUUUAUUAUAAUUAUUCCAUUGAACUUGCAUAUUACAUGCCUUCAAAUUUACGAAAACAAUUUAUAAUUCCAAUUAAUGUUGAAAUUAUUGAUAAAUAUGCAUUUUCAGGGGCGAUUAAUCUCGAAGAAAUUAUUAUUAAUCAUGGAAUAAGUGGCCUACAAUAUGCCUUUGCAAAAUGUAAAUCAAUAAAAUCAAUUAAUUUUGAUUAUGAAAUUCAAUCGGGAAAUGAUCCUUCAACAAAUUACUUCUGUUAUCAAUGUUCGAAUUUAGAAUAUGUUAAAUUACCAAAUAAAUUAACAACAUUAAAUGAAAAUGCAUUUGCACAUUGUAUUAAUUUGAAAACGAUUGAAUUUGAUGCCCCAAAUCUCCAUUCUGUAGGGAAAGAAGCAUUUAUGGAUACCAGAAUUGAAGAGAUGGUCCUUAAUUCAGAUUGCCUAUCUAUAGGUGAAUUUUCAAAAUGCAAGAAACUAAAAAAAUUGACGAUAGUUAAAGCUACUUCAUUUUUAAAACAUUUCUCUAUGCCUGAGCAAUUAGAAGAUGAACUCGUUCCAGAUGAAAUCAAUUUAAUUUAUGGAAGUCUAGAUAUAUUUAAUUCAUAUCAAAUUCCAGAUGCAUUUUUAAAUGAUUCAUCUAUAUCAGAAAUUUUCAUACCUAAUAUAUUUAGUAAAAUUGGAGAUUAUUCAUUUGGUUUCACGAAUCUCAAAAAAUUUGAACUUCAAAGUAAAAUUCAAUACAUAGAGUCAACAUCCUUCUAUGGAUCAGAGGAAAUUGUAAUUAUUGAAUGUAAUAAUAGAUGGUUCAAAGUUCUUGAGCAUGAAAUCAUUGAAAGAGAAUCAAACAUGUUAGUUCUAACAUUUGGAAAAUUGAUGUCUACAUAUAUUCUUCCAAGGGAAAUCAAAGCAAUAGGAGAUCGAUCAAUUAUUUCAGUUCCAAAAUAUGAUGAUGAGACUGGUAAAGUUAUUGAUUUUGGUAUUACAACAUUGAUAAUUCCAGGAAUGGUUGAUGCUGAGGGCAAUCCAUUUUUAAUGUGUCCAUAUUUAACAAAUGUGUGCUAUGGAGGUACUUUUAUGCCAAAAAAUUUGGAUGGUGAUCAAAUUGAUAGAAUUUUUGUUACAGAAAAUCUAAUGAAUACAAGAUGGCGGAAGAAGAUAAAUAUGUAUGAUUAUACAAUUAUCGAAAUGUUUAUGUUAAGAGAAAAAUGUGAUACUUCUGUUCCUUUUGAGAACCUUGCAAACUAUAAAUCUGGCUAUUCAUCAAACCCGAACUAUAUUCCUUAUCCAAAGUUAAAUAAAUCUGAGCAUUAUUGUCCACCAGAAAUUGAAGAAGAAUGCGAUGAUGAAGAAGAAGAAAAUCAUGAAUCAAUAUCCACAAUCAGUUCAUCAUCUAUUACAUCAUUAUCAGAAAGUUCAUCAAGAACAAGCGAGUAUGUAGAUAUAAUUGAUGAUAAAAAUGAAAAGCAAACUACUUCAUUAGUAAUUGCUUUAAUAAUUAUUGCAGUUAUUGAAAUUAUUGUAAUAUCAGGUUUAAUAGUAAUGAUUGUUCUUGCAUAUAAAGAUAACGAAGAAAGUUCACCAAUUGAAAUGGUUGAAGAAACUGCCCAUAUUGCAAUAUCAACAGAAGCAGGUUUAACUUAUGAUAAUCCUCUAUUUCAGCCAAAAUCGAAAGCUGAAAAGAUCCAUUUGCCGAGGACUUUGAAGAAAAAUCAGAUAAAGAAAUUAUUUAUCAUCUUCAUUCUGAUAGUGGAACCGAUUAAAUUACUUUUUUAUUACUCAGCAAAAUAA